AUGUCUCUGGGGAGAUUGUGUGUGUGUGGUUUUUUUAUUGAAUCGAAGGCCUCUGACCAAAAAAUUGGAUUCACCGCGAGGCUUAACCAAAAUGUUGGUCACCUCAACGACCGCCAGGCCAUCGUAUUUGACCAGGUACUGACCAAUGUUGGACAAGCGUACGAUCCCACCACAGGCAUGUUUAUGUGUCCCUACAGCGGGUUGUACGAAUUUGCUGCAACUAUUGUUUCCGAUGGUGACAACAAGAACCUGGACGCGGAGAUUGUCCAGGAAGGAUCAAGGGUAGCUAGACUCCAUUCGACCAUUUACGGUUAUGACCAGGGCACACAGGUAGCCAUCGUAGGGUGUGCAGAGGGUCAGCAUGUCUGGGUUCGCCAUUUUGGUAGCGCAGACACUGCAGUAUUGCCUGCUGGGUAUAGUACAUUUGCCGGUCAUCUAAUCCACGUCGAUUCGUAGACGUGACGUCAUGAAUUCGAUAAAUACGUCGUUACCCAGCCAACGGGUUUAUGUAGCUUUGUAUCUUUAAAUAAAACGUGUCAAUUAUUGAAACAGUUCUAUGACGUCUUUGUACAUGUACAUGCAUUUUAAUUCAUUUCUUGUGUACGACAUGGGUCAUUUUAACGAACGCUGCUUAGCAUAGAUAUUACAUCGCCGACAAAGAGUAAUUUUAAUCGAAGAAAAAAAUAAUGAUGGGACGUUGUCAUUUUACCAAAAUGUCUUCCUUCAAUAAAAUUAGCACGUUA